AUGGCCGUGCCCAUACUGCUGCGGCUUAGCUCCCCCUGUUCUUCCUCCGCUCUCGUCUUCCGGUCCUUCUACGUGAAGGCGUUCUCCUCCGCGGCCUUCGACUCUCCCCUUCUCCCCAGGAGAACGCUCUUUCUCGGCGGCGCUGCCGCCGCCGGCAAGGUUUUUAGGCGUCGACCUCGCUUCCCCGCCAUCCCGAGCUCCAGCUCGGCCGUCGCCACCGCCUGUUCCCGGUUCGAGCUCUACAACACCAGCUCCCCGCCGGCGGGCCUCGACGAAGGUGCUGAACCAGCGGAGCCUGCGGGAGAUCCCGUGCCGCACCAGUGGCCCGAGUGGGAGACCUUCCUGGAGAUGCUGAAGACCAAGGGCCACUUCGAUGGGGCCAUCUCCGGGAAUGAAGAGGUGGACGAAGGAGGGGGCAGUGGUGGCGGUGGCGCCGCCGUAAACUCCGCUUCUGCAGACUUCAAUCGGGUGAAGAUCGCCUGCCUCACCUUCGCCCGGGAACGAUUCGACCUUCUCAGGUUUCACUCCGUCCUUCUUCCUUCCUACCCUGAUUCUGAGUUCCGAAUUCCCCUUGCUUUCUCUUCGAUCGAUUCAUCAGUGAGAUUCAUCUGGGGGUGGGCGGAAUGGAUGAUUCUGACCGAUCCUGGGCAAGAACUACGUACUUUGGAUGACGAAAUUUACUGUGGGCUCUCGCCAUUUUUAGAAUGCCUUGGUUGGUUGUAUGUUUUUGAACCCUUGUUGAUGAUGGUCAACUGCAAGACAAUCAACGUAUGGCUGCAAUUUGAGAUAUUUGGAAGGUCGUUGACCCAGGAAAUGCUCGACCCACAUCUUAAACCUGAUUAUUUUAGCCUGGUGAUAACCAUUUCCAUGAUGGAUGCUGCAGAAUCUUGUUGUUCUAUAGAAAAGACAGGAAAUCAUCCCUGGAUUGAUCAUGGCAUACCCUGCCCGUGACGUUGACUUUCAAAAUUCCGUUAGCAAUAUGAUGGUUGCAUUCUUGAGUAGAAAUAGCUGCUCAUUGAAGGGGCAAAGAUCCCUUCCAAGGGUUUCAUUUAGAAAUGUUCAAUCAGCUGAAGAUUCUUCUCAUAAAUCAGCUAAAAAAAUGGAUUAUAUUCUAUAAAUAAAUCUUCAUCCAAGGGACCAUGAGGACUCUGAGGAGGCGAGGAGUUGUUCAUGCUCAUUUUAAGGAAGGAGAAUGGAAAAAAAAUAUUUACUUAUUCAGCGCAUUCACGUCGUGUUCUUGGGAUGGGGGAAUUUUUUAUUUUUGAAUUAUUAUUUAAAUUUAGAUCUCUCCACUGCCUGAAGUCAUGUCUUAUUCAUAUAAUUCUUAUCAGGGAGUAUCCUUGAUCUACUUCAGGUCUCUGGCUACCAGUAGCAAGAAGAAGAUUGGCGUGUUUCCCCUACUAAUUUUUAUUUAAGUUUUUUUUGGUUGGAAAGUAAGAGCUAAAUAAUCUUUUUUGUACACACAUACAUACAUACAUACAUAUAUAUAUAUAUAUUAACUCGGAAAAGGAAAUUUUCUACCCAUGCAAAAUCAUGAACCAGUGCUAUAAUUUGUUUCUAAACACUUUCGAUUGCAGGUCUCUUCCGGUAGAAGAUAUCCAGGCCAUUGUGGAGUGUGGGUGCCCCAGUAUUCACAGGAAACCCACUAAUUCGGGAAAGAGACUCAGAGCCUACCUUAUGCUCAAUGAAAGUGAUGUAAGUGCUAUUUUUUUCUUCAUAACACUCCUACCAUCAAAAAGAGAGAGAGAGAGAGAGAUGUUGAUGAAGGUUGGAGUUUUUUCAAUAGGAGGCAAUAUGGGUUUGAAAGUUUCCUUCUUACAGAUCUGUGGUGCCUGCAACCUAAAGGGCCGCGUGUGUGAGAAAGAGGGGGAGAGAGAGAGAGAGGCAGAGACAGAGACAGAGACAGAGAGAGAGAUGAUAAACUCAAUUAUGAUACCGGAAGAAUUGGUCAAGACUUUGAAACCCAGACACCAUGUCACAGGGAGAGAGAUGAGAUUGAGAGAAAGAUAUUUAUAAAGGUCAGGUUUCUGUUUUCCAAUGGUCGAAAGUUUUUCACCUUUGAGGUCUGUGGUGGAUGAAGCCUACGGAGCUGAUGGAAUAGAGAGAAAGAAAGGUUCUUUUUUCCAUAGGUCUGGUGUCUGCAGCCUACAGGGCUCACAGAGAGAGAGAGAGAGAGAGAGAGUCAUUGUUUUUCAUUGGUGUCAAGAUAAUCUGGAUUGAAACUCUUUCCACUUUCAGGUCUGUGGUGGCUGCAGCCUGCGGGGCUCCUGCGACAGAGCCAAUCUUGUGCUCAAGGAUGAAGAAGGAGCCAGGACUGUGGACAUUGUGCGCAUCAUACUAUGCUAUGCAGCAGAUCCAAGCCUCCUCUCAAGAUUCGAGGCCUCACGAAGGGGCCAUCUUGAAGGGUCCAUCCGCAGCCUCCUCUCCAAGUUGAGUAAAUUGAGUGACACACCCGUUGACCCAGCUCUCAGGGAAGCCACGAGGAAGCGCCCAUCCCAGAAGGAGCAGCCACGAAGGUCAAAGGCUUCGGAGAAUGCUCGCUCUCAGAACGUGGAGAUGAAGAGGGGGGACUGGGUGUGCUCAAAGUACAUUUCUUCCAGAGAUCUCUUAAUUUAUUUUUCUCUUAAUUUCUUAUUCAGUCGAGUUGGUGAGUAGGUGAGUGAAUCCGGAUGGGCAGAAAGGGCGAAAUAAUUUAUGAAGAAAUUGGAAAAUCGUAUUUGAGGCUGAGAUAUUUACUAUUUGGGGGAUAAUAUGAUUUUAUCUAAAUGCGUACAGUUUCAGACGCUUUAUUUAUUUAUUUUUGCUUACCUCCAUGCUGUGGAUAUUGUUGCAGUUUAGUCAUAUCACCUUAUUAAAAAUCCUUAAAUACCAUAAGUUUAUUGAAUUUCUGAUCCAGACGGGACCUUUGAAUUGUUGCAUGGAUUUUAUUUACCUAAAUUUACACAACGCGGGGGGGGGGGGGUGCCUUUUCUUCCUAAUCUUUAAUUUCUUUGGAAAGUAAUAUUUUUUAUUCAAAUGUUUAUGAGCUAAAAAGGAAUAAAACAAGUUAAACAUGUACCCAUGUUUUUUGCUUCAUGAUUUUGUUUUCUAUAAUUGCAAGCAUAUAAGACAACAGCGCGGAUUCGAUCAUAUCCCGAUGUGUUUAUUUUUCCACCUUUUUUCAGACAUCAGCAUAUCUUCAGUAAUAUACCUAAAAUCUCUUACAGUUGCUCCAUAAUUGUCCCUAAUUGAGGUGGAUUAAUGGUGGGCUUGUCCAGAAUCAGAUGAUCCCAACCCAGAUGGCUGUUUUGUUCUUGUUGUUGGGAAUAUUUGGAACGCUUUGAUUGCUCAGAAUUGAUUUCUUAAUUUAUUUCUGCCAGAUAUCCUAAAAUUAGCUGAUUCGGGUUGUAUUUAACCAGAAAUCCAUGCUUUUUUUUCCCACCAAAAAAUGAUAUCGGAAUCAUUUCUGGUCCAUCCAUGAAUUUGAGCAUGAUCUUGAUUACUUUUUUUUUGUGGUAGAAGUGUGUGUGUGUGGGGGGGGGGGGGGGGGGGUUUGGAGAAAAAAAUCUGAUUUUGGAGCUAGAAUCUUCUACCCAUUUCGGAUGAAUGAAUGAAGAACUAGAUAUUUUAGUAUUUUCCACUUUCGGAAUUAGAGGUUGACCUGAUCUAUCUCAUCGCAGGUGCAAUUUCCUGAACUUCUCCCGGAACCUGCGGUGCAUGGAAUGCGGCUUCGACGGCCCCAAGAGGGUUGACUUUGGCGAAGUUGAGAUGAAGAAGGGCGACUGGACUUGCCCAGAGUAAUCUCUCCUGUUCCCCUCAUCCACUUCUCUUUUCCUUCUCUCUUCUUCUUCUACCUCUAGGGUUCUUCAUCUUCAUCUUCAUCUUCUUCUAGUCCCAGGGUUUUUACAGGUAGCAUCUGAUUAUUGUUGAUCCGUGCGCAGGUGCCAGUUCAUGAACUUCGCCCGGAACAGAGAAUGCCGGCGCUGCCAGGAGCGGCGGCCACAAAGGGAGCUCAAUCCCGGCGAGUGGGAGUGUCCCUCGUGAGCCCUCUUCUUCUUCUUCCUCCUCCUGGAUCCUCCUCUUACUGGUCUUCAUGGCGGAGAGAUGGCUGACGCAGCAUGCCUUUGUAGGUGCGACUUCCUGAACUACCGGAGGAACAAGAUCUGCCUGAAAUGCAGCCACGAACGCCCCAGCGAGGAGCCGGAGGAGCCUUCCGGCGAGCACCUGUGGAAGCGACCGGCGGCCUCCGUCGGCGACCGGAAUCAGCGGCGGCCGACGGCGCUCCGGUGA